CUCACUCCAACAGUAUAUUCCAUCCAUUCAGCGUUAAACCAUGCAGCGAACAGGAAUUCUUUACUUCUGUGGACUUUUCUCUCUCAAUCUUCCAAUAUACACAGCUAUUGAAUGCAAGUGUAGCACAAAAGAAUGUCGCCAAGAACGAACAGAGAGCUGUACAGCAAAAUAUGCCUGUUACGUGGAAAUACAUGUCGACGAUAACGGCUUACAGACAGGCUCCGUUCUAAGGGGUUGCAUAGACACAAAAGCAUCGCUACUCUGUGAGAACAGACGACCAGAAAAUAUUCGGAUUAAUAAACCUUGGCCCUAUUUAUAUUGCUGUGAACAGGAUUUCUGUAACCAGCAAGUCUUACCCACGCUGCCCAGCAACAAUAAGAUUACGGUUUCAAGUCCAGCGAGUGGUAGACCCUCCACUGUCUACCCUAUGUCCCACCUUCAAGCCGUUAGUCGUCCGAACACAAGGAGCGUGAACCCGAUGUACAUCGCUAUACCUUUGGUCGGAGUGUGCAUUUUGUUGGCCCUGAUAGUGUUCGCCCUUUACUUGCUUCGACAACGGACAGAAUAUAACAGUUUCCAGUCUCCUGCCUCCGGAGUCAGCAACCCCAGCUCAACCAAUGACCAUUUUGAUGUCAAUGGCAUUCACAGAGGCAAACAUUCAGUUAUGGAUUUACCUUCGCGAAAUUCCAAGUCACAACCUGCAGUUAAUACGACGGAAAGCAGCACAGGCUGCGGUACUAGUGCCGCUGCGACGGCAGCUUCCGCCGUGGCAGCGGUGGCAGCAGAAGCUGCUACUUCCGGUUCGUCAUUGUCGAAAUCAGUUUGUAAUAACAGAGACUUGAUUAGCCAUUGUUCAGAAAGCGACAGAUCAUCGUCUGGUAGUGAAACAAAACUGUUUCUCCAGGUUUAAGACGUUAUCAACUGCCGCAGCAGGAGACUCACUUCAAAAAAUGUAAAUUUAAACAACAACAACAACAACAACAACAGCAGCAGCAGCAGCUAUUACCACGAUAACAGCUGUAACAACAACAUUAACAUAUAAUCUUAAGUGAAAAACAACAGCAAUAUUAAACAAAAAUAAUUGACAAUAUGAACAAAAACAAAAAGGAAACAACAUAAUGUAAAAUUUAAAACAACAUUUAAUUAAUUAGUGAAAAAAAAACAAAACAACCACAGCAACACAAACAACAACAAUUUAAACAAUGAAUGGAGAUAACAGAAUAGCAACUAAAAACAAAAAUAAAAGUAAUGGAAACUAUAUCCACAUUAACCACUACAAUAGCUUCACCACCAACAACAACAACAAACGCAAUAAUAACAACCACAACAACCACAGCAACAAUAACAACAGCAAUAACAACCACAACACCAACAACAUAAACAAAACAAUGAACAACUAUGAUAAAAUUUAUAACAAAGGAGGAAAAAGAGGAAACUGAAUGAUUUCAUUUCAUCUCUCUCCCUCCCUCUCUCACACAGAUUCUCUCUCUCUCUCUCUCUCUCUCUCUCUCUCUCUUCUUCUUCUUCUUCUUCUUUCACCCUCUCCC